GUAAAACCACAUAAGUGUCUUACUUUGUCAGAUUGUGGGCGAGGAAGAAGGGUUGGAAGACAGAAGGAAGAGCAAAAUCAUCAUUGAAAAGGAUAUCUCUUCUUUAACCUGCUCUUUGCUCUUGCUGAUUUUGAUAUAUAUUAAGUCUCCAGAGACUCAGACUCACGACAGCACCUCACUGGUGCCGAACAUAGAAAGACGGGACCGGGGAAUUGGAGAUCGCGACUAGAUCCAAAAUAUUCCUAACAGUUUGGGGGCGUCAUCCGGGAUACCUCACAAACAGAAAUCCAGCCAAAAUGAGCAUCUUUGGUGUGGCGAUGAUUAGCACCCUCCUGUGCUCUGUUUGGUCAUCAACCAUUAAAGCAAAAGAUGAACACCGUACUGCUUUCUUUGGGGAGGAUGUUCAUAUUCCUGUGCCAGCUUUAGACACAACAGAGGUGGUGUUUAAGCCAAGGGUGGAGCCGCUGUCUGAGCGGGUUGUCCUGCAGAAUGGGGUCAUUCAGUACCAGAGAGCUAAACUGAAUGCUCACGUCAGCCACUUGAUUCUGGAAGAUGUGGGCGAGGAAGAUGAGGGCACAUAUGUGCUGAGAAAUUCUUUGGCUCCGGCUGAUGUCAGAAGGAUCAUUCUCAUUGUUAGAGACUGUGCACUAGAGACCGUGGUGAAGUAUGGAGACACAUAUCACAUCCCGAUCAACCCUAUGAUUGGUCCAUACACCCUUGAGUUCAGGUCUGGAGCUCAGACUCAUGUUAACCAGACCACAGAAGAACCACCUGUGCUGAUUUUCAACCGGACCGCUUUCCCUACAGAAGAGUACAAGAAUCGUCUCACAAUCGCUGAGAAAAGGGUUAACCUCAAUUUGGUCACAGGAGCAGAUGAAGGCAGCUACACCGUCGUGGACAGUGAUGGAAAAGUCCGAAUGAGGGCCUGCCUCAAUGUGAAAGAUCACCAGAUCUUUGAGCACUUGAGUUAUGGAGGAAUCUUGAAGAUCAAGCUCCAUGUGGACCACACCAAAGUCAAGAUGGUUUACAUCCCAGACACUGACCACAAGGAGCGACUCAUCCUGGACCAGGGAGAGUUGGUGGUGCCUCUGGACCCUGCCUUGGAGGGUCGAGUGUCUGUGGAAGGAUCGUUGUUCUACCUGAAGAAAGUCAAAGCCAGUGACAUGGGUGUCUUCAGAGUGAUGGACUACUCAGGUUUCCGGAUAGCUGAUGUCUACCUUCAUGUUGAGCCCUAUAAGUUGCCACAGCUCUACGUAGCUAUCAUCUCCCUGCUGUCUCUGGUUGCGUUCCUGCUGUUGGUGUGUCUACUGUCCUGUCUGAUCAAGGUUCACCGUCGGGCAGAGAGAGCACGUAAAAUCACUCUAAUCGCUCAGCAGGCUGGCAAGGGUGAUGGAGAGACGUUCAGACAGGUGGUUCAUGAAGCUUACACUAGAUUUGCAGAGGAAACCACUGUGCAGUCCACAUGGGAGAACAACACUGAGAGCACAGAUGUUGAGGUCAAAGGACUUGAGGUAUCAAAACCAGGUCAGUACCAGGCUCUCCCUUCUGACCAAAACUUCUUGGAGAUGAAUGACUCAGGUGUGGAAUUCAACUCCUCCACUCUCCCUCUGGACAGUGACACAGACAUACCCGACAACUUCACCUCUCACAAGCUCCUUCUUGAGCCUGACACUCUCGUCGGUGUCCCCCCAGACCUUUCCGAAGGUGACCACAGCGACACUCGCACCCCUGAUUCUGUUCUGAGUGCCAGCCCGGCGGUCCGGCCCAAAUCUGGGGCUGAAAUAGAUGGCAACUUAAUUGGAGCCACCACACCUGAGGAAAUGGCCAACGUGAAAGAGCUAGACUAGUAAAGAUGCCUCGCCACUUUCUGAGAAAAUCACCACAUUGGAUCCAGUCACUGGAACCACGAGCUGAAAACUGUAAGGGAGAACUUCAGUAUCACUCAUUCUCGCUAACCAACAUGUUAGUCUCUUCCUUUACGCCAGUGUGACCACUUUUCAUCUGUAACGUCUCAUCACUUGACAUGACUAUUAAUCUUGCUUGGACUCAUUCGAUCUACAACAAAUGGCAUGUCGAAAAAGCAAAAAAACAUAAUCCCAGAAGACGGCACUCUCCAAAAACAUCAAUAAAACAAACUUGAAAAACAAAAGCAAUUAAAUGGUCCAACACAUUGCAUGCCUUUGAAUGGCUGAAGAGUUUUUGACUAUCUAACAGCCAAAUGCUAGAUUAGAGUGACCAUGUAGUGCAUGUGAAGAAGAAAAAUAAACUCAGGAUACAUUUCAAGACACACAUAUAGAUGGUCGAUUUUUAAUUUAUAAGACUUUUUAAACUACUGAACGAUGGAGGCAUUUAUGAACGUGUCAAACUGACUGAAACUUCAAGGAAGCUUGAAGGAACAUCUGAAGAAAAUCUGUAUUCUUCACCCAUAUUUUUCAAACCAUUCAUCUACCAAAUGCCAAAAGUAUACAUUCGAGAUUUCCUUCUUUUGGAUUAAUUUCAAGAUCAAUUCGAAGGCAGAGUCUCAUGCAUUCCCAGUGCUACACAUGGUGUAAACACUUCAUUUCGGACCUCCCACAAUCACUACCAAGAGUUUUGAUAAUCUUUGUUUUAUUGUAAACUAAUCACCAUAGAGGAUCACAUAGAUCACAGGUAUCUGAAAUGGAGGCUUUGCUUUGUAAAUAGGAUCAGCUGUGGCCAAGGGUUUUGGCUCUGGUUCAGAGGAACGCUGCUGAUGGAACAGCUUGUCUCAGCAGUUUAAGGUGCUGACUCCACUGGGGUGUCUUCACAACUUUGGGCUUUCCUGCUAUUCCUCUCUCUCUCUCUCUCUCUCUCUCUCCUAUGAUCCUUUAUUCUCUCUCAUUUGAAUGUGUUUGAAUAGAUGAAAGCACUUUGGAUGGUUGCAAGUUCUCGAAUCGAUGGUGGUUGUGUCCGUGUGGUACAGAUAUGGUUGUUGUUGGGUUUUUCAGAGCUUGUUAGACUUGUAGAGUCUUGAUGGUAAAUUGUGUAAUACAUAUUUGUUUAUUGAGCAUCUUAUCCUUUGAAUAUCUAAACAACAUUCAUGAACAAGGGUCUGUGUUGAACUUUUAGAGUUCUAUAGAGGAGGGAGACCUGAAUACAGGGAAGACAAAUCUCUGUCAAUACACUUGAAUCUACAUAAAAUACAUUAAUAUGUCCACAUGUGGCAACAUUACUUACUGAAAGCAUGCUGGAAUUAUUGUGAUGUAAUAAUGUAUCGUUUAAACUGAAAAAGGAAUUAACAUUUUCCUACCGUUGAAAGCCUUCCUUUCUUUUGAAAUCCUUUUAUAAACAUAUUUAAAGCCUCUAAAUCAACAACGUCUAGACAUGCAAUCUCUAAAUCUUUUUCUUUAAUUAAUGUCUCACAGCACUUAAUGAGGUCUUAAUUUGACUCCUAAAGAGGUGCUCAUUUGUUAACCACUUUUUUCUUGGUAAAUGCACUUAUCUGGGAUACUUUUGAUGCAGAUAAAUGAUACGUAAGAUUAAAAUACAAUAUUAGAAUGAUUGUUGCGUGCAUCAUGAGAUGUGGUAUUGCCUGCUGGUAAAAUUGCUACGUCAUGUUUUGAUGUCUUUAGAUAGCACAGAGGGAAAAUGACAAGCGGUCGUUCGAGAUUCGAAUUUGACGAUAAGGAUAACAAAGGUGUUGAAAGAAAGCAGAUUACUGAUUAAUCAGCUGUUUGAUUGAUUUUAUUGUUUACUGUUAAUUGUUAUACUAAAUGUGUUAAAAAAAAAAAUUCAGUUUAAUUGGCAAUCAAAAUCCCAAUAAUAACCAGGAAAAAUUUUUUGGUGCAUAAUGCGGGACUUUUAACUAUUAACAGAUGAGGAAAACAAAUACGCACUCUUACAAUCAUGUACUACAAUAUCACAUUAUACAGGAAAUAUUGUCUUGUAAAAAUAUGCAUCAAAGGAAGUACCUCUGAAAAAAAAAAAACAGGUUUUAAAAAGCACAAUUAAGAAAAACGGCUUGAGAAAAAUCGUAUAAAAUUGCAGCUAAUGUAAAUAUGACUGUUUGCAAAAAAAUAAAAAUAAUAAUAAUGAGAAUAUUGGAAUUAUUAGGAAAUGUAAUGUCUUUUUGUUUUCCUUUGUAACUGCAAUCCAAAAAAAUAUUUUUUUACCUUUUUUAAUUAUUUCACUUGACAUUUUUUAAAAGGUAAAAAAAUACUUUAUGUAUUGAUAUUUUAUUGAUACUAAUUAAAUCUACUUAAAGGAAUGUUCCGGGUUCAAUACAAGUU